AUGUGGAAGAUGUUUAUACUCAAUGGCAAUUACAAGUGGGUCGACGAGCUACCGCGUCUCGUAUCAGAUUACAACGCGUGCAAGCAUUGCACUGUCGGCAUGCGACCCGUCGACGUAACUCUCGCGAUCGCCGAAAAACUCUUGGACACGGUGUACAGCGUGAUAAAAAUCGCUGGUCCGGCAAAAUUCAAAGUGGGCGAUUCGGUACGCGUGAAUAAGUAUAAGACGGUUUUUGAGGAUGGUUACACACCACUUUUUUUUGGACCACCAAGGUGUUUACGAUUGUUAAGGUGCAGCGUUACCAAUCCCGUAACCUAUCUGCUCGAGGACUAUCGCGAAAAAUCCGUCGCUGGAGCAUUCUAUGAGCAUGAGUUGCAUCGCGCCAUUCAUCCCGACGUGUAUUUCGUGGAGAAAAUACUGCGCAGGAAAGGAGACAGGGUCCUGCGCGUAUCUGCUGCAGCAUUGACUGAGGUCACCGCGUAUGCCGCGUUCGAUGAACAUGACCAUAUCAAUGUCGGUGAGCAACUCAAAUCGUACUCGCGUAUGUUCAGCAUGGCGUCCCACGUGUAA